UGAGAAGUCAUCAUGGUCAGUUCCGGCAAAAGCCAAUAGCUGUGGACCCAAAAAAUCUCUUCCGACCAUCAUCCCAUUCGUCAGUGAUAACCGUUGAAACAGGGAGAUGAUCCUGUCGACGGCGCAAGGUAACCUCUCCUUCUCUUCGGCUUCCCCUCCCGAGCUCUACAGCUGCUCCCCUCCCGUGAUCCGAGCGCGACUCUCAUGUCGUCUUCUAUCUCUCCAUCUCCCUCGAGAUUUUCAUUAGACGGUUUCGCUCCUUUAUCCUCAUUCCCUCCCGCCUCUCUCCAUAGGCGAUUCCACAACCUCGACCUCCCCGCUUCGCUUCUCCUCUCGCACGACCGUAAUGCCGCCAAGGUGUUCGCUGCUUUGCCUCUGAGAACCGUCCGUGCCUCAUCUAGCAGUGAUCCCUCGAAUGGUUUCGUCACCGGAGAGGAGCGUUCUCUCGAGUCGUUCAAUCGCUCCAUCCGCGACUGCUGCCGUGCCGGAGACGUCGACGGGGCCUUGAGUCUGCUUUCCCGAAUGGAGGCGUUGGGGUUCAGGCCCAGCUUCACGUCUUACGCUUGUUUGAUGGAAGCUCUUGGGAACUGCGGUCGGACCUUGGAAGCGGAGUCUCUGCUUCUAGAGAUGAUGAGCCUGGGGUUUAGGCCCAGCGUGAGGGUGUUCAAGAUUAUGCUCCGAGGGUUCUUGAGGAAAGGGUUGUUAGGGCUCGCUGUCGGAGUCUUAGCUGCAAUGGAGGACUUGAACGUCCAGAGAGAUCGCGAGUGUUAUGAGAUUCUUUUGGAUUAUUACGUUAAUGCAGGGCGUUUGGAGGAUACUUGGUCUCUUCUUAAUGAGAUGAGGCUUAGAGGUCUCGAGCCAUCUUCUUUUGUUUAUGGUAAGGUCAUUGGUCUUUACCGGGACAAUGGGAUGUGGAAGAAGGCGAUGGGCAUCGUUAGAGAGAUAAGGGAGAUGGGGAUGGUGCUUGAUAGGCAUAUUUAUAAUGCUGUUAUUGAUACUUUUGGUAAGCAUGGCGAGUUGGGGGAGGCUCUGGAGGUCUUUGCAAGGAUGAAACAGGAGGGCGUGAGACCAGAUGUUAUGACCUGGAAUUCUUUGAUCAGGUGGCAUUGUAAGGCUGGUGAUCUCUCCAGGGCUCUCGAGUUGUUCAGUGAGAUGCAAGGACAGGGGUUGUAUCCUGAUCCCAAGAUUUUCAUUACCUUAAUUAGCCGGCUGGCUGAGCAAGGGAAGUGGGACUUGUUAGAGCAAAAUUUUGAGAGUAUGAGGUGCAGGGGAUAUGGAGAAAGCGGGACUAUAUAUGCAGUAUUGGUUGAUAUAUUUGGGCACUACGGGAAAUAUCGGGAUGCUGAAGAGUGUGUUUCUGCUCUCAAGUCUGAAGGUCUACAGCUUUCAGCUAGUUUGUACUGUGUGUUAGCAAAUGCUUAUGCUCAACAGGGACUAUGUGAAGAUACGGUUAAAGUGCUUCAGCUUAUGGAAGCAGAAGGAAUUGAACCAAAUGUUGUAAUGCUGAAUGUGUUGAUUAAUGCGUUCAGUGUUGCUGGAAGACACAUGGAGGCUUUCUCUAUUUACCACCUUAUGAAAGAAAGUGGUAUCUUUCCUGAUGUGGUUACCUAUUCUACGCUUAUGAAGGCAUUUAUCAGAGCUCGGAAAUUUGACAAGGUUCCCGCGAUAUACAAGGAAAUGGAGGAGAGUGGAUGCUCUCCAGAUCGGAAGGCAAGAGUUAUGUUGGGAACUGCGUUGAUGGAACUCGAACAGAAGCACUGACUCUUAUAUCUGUGUGAAGAUAAAAUGAUGUUUUUGCGUAAUGUCUUGAUGUCUGGUCUUUCUGGAAACGUGACCGCGGUAUUCAAGCCUAAUGUAUGCCUGAUCUGAUCAAAGAAAACGUCUGGGGCAUGCAUGAGUUAGCACAAUUCCAUAAUUGGCACUUGGCAGUAGUACCUUUCUCAGCGAAAUAGUAUUUGGGCCACUGUUGUUUGGGUCUGGAUGGAGCAUGGCAGUCCCCUACAUGCAUAUAUUGCUUAAUGGGCUGAGAGGAUAUUGAAGUGGAUCUACUCGAAGAUAGUUGGAUCAGUAUGGCGGAAGUGGUUGCUGGGACGAAUGAUAUGGGUGCACUUGUGAAAAUUUAUUCAGCUGAUCAAGGUCUCCGACAGCACUGCCAUUUGAAGGGUCACAUCAACAGCAUCCAACCAUACCAUGACCAGGAAGUAGCUGCUGAGUCAACUUAAUUUGACCUUGCUCUGUAUAGAACCGCCGCAGAUAAUUUUGAUUGACGUAAUCUUAUGCAACCAGGAAGGCAAUCCCAACUUGCUAGAUUAUUGGUUUCGAGACCAAGUUGUGAUAAGAGUAUCUUUCAAGAGAAAUUGCAAGCUAGAAGAUGUUGAAAGUCUAAGAAAUAGAAAGACUCUGCAAUAGUCAUGGCUUCUCCAUCUCCACUCAACCAAUCACAGUAUCGUCACCUAUAACAAGAGAUUGAAACAAGGCGGAAACCCUAGCUUAAGUCUGCUUUUUGCUGUCUGGUGUUGCCAGAGAAACCCUAGCUCUUUUCUCUGUUCUGCUGGGGAUGGGACUGCUUUUAGAGGUUCUUCAUUGGCUCUCCUUCAACAGGUUUGAUGGAGUCCCAUGGCUUCAAUUUCACUUUUGUUGUGAAAUGUGUGAUUUCAGUUGCCAUUUCUAGCUUUCCCUUGUGUAUCCGGUUUGUUUCUGCGUAACCUUGAGGAUUCGGUUUGAUUAAUCGAGCAAUUUUGGCCUUGUUCAUGCCCUCUACAACACGUGAAUCUUUUGGGAGGAAAAAAGACUUCACAAGGAUGAGGAAAUAAAUGCAGGGGCGCGGCUGGUGGGUUCUUUUGGUAGUUUGAUUUCCAGUAAGGUACAAGUGUAAUUGUUUCUGGAAUUGUGAGUUAAGAGGAGUAGGUGAAGCAACUAUCUUGGCGAGUGUAUAACAGUUAUUCAGUUUGGAUUUUGUUCAAUACUUUAGGCUCUUGAACUGCAAGUGAGUCAUCUUCUCCAGCAAGUGCUAUGUGCAUCAACAAAGUUAAAAAAACGGAUGGAAAUCUCUGGUGCUGAAGUUUUUGGGUUCAUGUGUUUAAGUUGUUACUGGGUAGUGGCUGAUCUGAGGAAAGAGGGAAAGAGAUUCUCGGCAAAGGUGAAGUAGAAUUGUUCCAAAUGCUUUUGCUUCUAUGGGCAGAGGUUCUCAAGUUCUGAUUUUGUCUGUUGACCAUACGUUGAUAGUCCUAAUCUCUUAGGUGUCGUGAGUUGGUGACAGGUAUUCUAUUGAGAGUUCUGUUUCAUGCUGAAUGUAGACUCACUUUAUAUGGACAUAAAGCAAUGUUAGAGAUAUGAAGUAUUUGCUAUAUAUUCUUUACUAAAUAAUCUGCCGGCA